AUGUGGAUGAUGCGGGGGGAUUUCCCCCCGAGCACAAGAAUUUGGGGGGAAUUCUCUGCACUCAGCCCCAUGCCAGGCAGGGUGCGUCCCCGCACGCUUCGUGCAGGAGGGGGGGGAGGGCCGGGGGGAGCGGGAGGCCAGAGGAGGGGCCCUGCUCUCCUCCUCCCAGCACCGGGAGCGCGCUGGGAGCAGCCGGGCUGUCCCCUCCUGCCGCCGCGCAUCCCCCCCCGGCUCCGGCCUCUCCCCGCGCAGCCGCUCCGCCGGGCGAGCAUCCUCCCGCCGGGCGUCCUGCAGCCGGUCCUGCGGCACGGACGAGCGUGGGGAGAAAGAGCUGCGGUCUCGGCAUCCGCCCCCCGGCGCGAUAGGCGGCGGCGGAGCCUCGGCUGGGGGCGGCGGAGCCCCUUCCCGCGGGGAGCAGACCCUCCUCCUGGCCACCAUGGUGGUUUUCAUGGGCAGGAACCUCUCCUCGCUUCUGGCUUUCUUCAAGAAGAAGGGCAGGAAGAGCUGGAGGCUCUGCAGGCCGCUGAGGGUGGACGGAGCUGUGCCCAUGUCCCCUGUCCGCUGGGGACCAAAGCUGGGGGUGCUGCCAAGACCGAGAACGACAGGCGGCUGAGCGUGCAGUACAAACCAGGCGAUGAGUGCCCUGACAACGUCUUCUUCCCCAGCACGCGGCCCCCGCACCUGGAGGAGCUGCACAACCAGGCCCGCGAGGGGCUCAAAUCCCUGCAGCACCAAGAGAAGCAGAAGCAGACCAAAAGUGCCUGGGACCAAGGGGACACCAACAGCCUCCAGUCCUGUGCGUUGUCGGAGGAUGACAGUGUGUCCUUACGGAGCCGGGCAGCCUCCUGCAUCACCGACAGCGCCUCUGAGGACGCCCUCUCCAUCCGCUCCGAGAUGAUCCAGCGGAAAGGUUCCACAUUCCGACCACACGAUUCCUUCUCCAAAUCUUCAGAGAAGGCUGGCAGGAAGAGGAAGGAGCGGAGGACAACAGUGCUGGGCAUCCCCCAGCACGUCCAGAAGGAGCUGGGUCUCAGGAACAGCCGGGAGAUCAGGGAACGUCCCACAGAUGGGCACGUGGGCAGCCGGGCACCGCAGCCCCUGCUGAACGGCGGCCAGGUCUCCGGUGAGGCCAUCCGUAUUCCCACCAUCGAUGGGAACCUGCCACCACUGGACGUCCCCGGAGGUGCCCGUGUGCGCCUGGGAGCCUUGGAGGAAACAGACACGGCCCUGCAGAAGCACAUUGACCGGGUUUACUACGACGACACGUUGCUGGGGAGGAAAACGUCGGCCAAGCUGUCGCCCAUGGUGAGGCCGAAGUCUCUGGCCGUGCCAGGCAUGACCACCAGCGCCAACCCCCCGGAUCUGCUGAGCCCCGUCAUGUCCAUCUCACCCCAGGGCACCUACAUGUCCAAGAUCAUCCCCAACGCCAUCCUGCCGCCUAUGGUGGAUGUGGUGGCCCUGACAAGGAGCAGCGUGCGGACGCUGAGCCGCUGCAGCCUGGUGUCAUCCAGCCCAGCCUCGGUGCGCUCUCUCGCCCGCUUCUCAGAGCACAGCACCCGCAGCCGUGAGCCCUCCUCCUCCAGCGACAACUGGAGCCACUCGCAGUCCACAGAGACCAUUGUCUCCAACAGCUCCACCAUCUCCUCGCAGGGUGGCUCUGACCGCCGGCAGGCCGAGGCUGGGCUGUGCAGCGAAGCCGACACCGUGCGACGCUCUGACAACGAUCAGAUCAGCGUGUACAGCUCUGCCAGCUUUGCCAGCGCCUGCUCCAAGCCUGCCGUGGCUGCAGUGCACACAGCGCACGGGCUGCUGGCCGUGGGGCCCCACAGUGUGGGCAGCAGCGGCCGCACAUCCCCCGCCUUCAGCACCAGCAGCCAGGCUGAGGGCUCGGACACGGGCAGCCUGGCGAGCGAGCGCUCCUCGGCACGCAGCGUCUCCCUCAGGAAGAUGAAGAAGCCCCCGGCACCCCCUCGCAGGACAUUCUCGCUGUACCAAAAGGCGGAGGGGGAGCACAAGGUGCUGGGGCUGCCCCCCAAGCCCAACCGGCGGCCGCAGCAGGCGAGCGACGUGCCCUGGUCCCCGCACCCUGAGCCCUUCAGCCCGACGGUUGAGGAUGAGGUCUUCUCCUCAUCGCUGAGUGAGACCAGCAGCAUCCGCUCUGAGAGCUUGGCUGGGACCAACUCCCCCAAGACCUCACGGGGCAGCCCUGGUGAGCGGGGAAUAACGGUGGUGCUGAGGGAACCCUCAGCUCAGCCCAAGUGGAGCUGCCCAGAUGGCUCUGACCGCACCAUGUCACCCUCCAGCGGAUAUUCCAGCCAGAGCGGGACGCCCACGCUGCCUACCAAGGGGCUGGGACCCCCGGCCGCAUCCCCAGGCAGGGUCCAGCCCCAGAAGCCUGACCGGGUCUGCUCCUUACAGUCCCCCGCGCUGUCCGUCUCCUCCUCCCUCACCUCUAUCUCCUCCUCUGCCUCAGACCCAGUGCCCUCUGAGACACCGCACUGCGCUCAAAGCCGUUCGGAUAGGUUUGUCAUCCCGCCGCAUCCCAAGGUGCCCGCUCCCUUCUCCCCUCCGCCCACCAAGCCCCAGACACCUACUGCCCCCGCCGGCCCUCUCACCCCUUCACUGGACCCGUCGGUGCCCAGUGCCGCAGGGCAGGAGCCCUCCACCAAACCCAGCACCAAAUCACCACCGCCAUCACCACCACCUGCCUACCACCCGCCUCCUCCACCGGCCAAGAAGGCAGAGGUGAGCCCCGAGACUGCCUGUGAGGCCCCCGCGGAGGCUACCUGGCCUCCACCACCCCCCCCGGCCCCUGAGGAUCACGACCUGUCCAUGGCAGACUUCCCCCCUCCAGACGAAGCCUGUUUCUCCAGCCUGCCCCCGCCUGAUGCCGUGCUGGCCCCAGGAGCAGGACAGAACCACGCGCCGAGCACAGCCGCAUCUUCCUCCUCCUCAACCACCAUCUCCUCGAGCGUCCAGCAGCAGGGCUCACCGCCAUCCCCCACCACGCCACUUCCCGGAGCCACCGCACCACCACCCGCGGCCACCGUGCCCCCACCUCCACCUCUGCCGCCGCCAUCAGCUCCUGCUUUACCGCCCCAGAUCUGCCUUAAGAAGGCGGCGAACGGCUCCCGGGCAGACAGCAAGAAGGAGCCAGCAUCGCGCAGCAAGAGCGGCCCGGUGCCCAAGGAGGACGCCAGCCUGCCCAUCGUCACGCCCUCGCUGCUGCAGAUGGUGCGGCUGCGCUCCGUCAGCGUGGAGCCGCCCGCCGUGGCCGAGGAGCGCGCGGUGCCGCAGAAGCCCAUCCGCCGGGCCCUGUCCACGCGGCAGCCCAAUCCUGCCAAAGAUGCGGUGCCUUCCAACCCGCUCCAUGCUGCUGUGCACCUCAAGGUCUCUGCUCCGUCCUCCGGUGAGGCUUCUGGGCUGGCCGCAAAACCCCUGGGCGGCAAAGCGGCUCCUCCUGGCCUGGAGGUGCCUGCUGGCGAUGGGCAGCUGUCCCCCAGGCACAAAUCCCCCACCUCCACCGCCAGCUUCAUCUUUGCCAAAAGCACCAAGAAGCUGGUGAUCGAGACACCCUCAUCCCCUGAGGCACAGGCCGACCUGAAGAGGAAUUUGGUCACUGAGCUGAUGAAUUUCUCUGGGCAGCGCUCGGCAGCCCCGGCUGCUGCCCAGCAGGGCCCAGGCAAGGCACCGGUGCACCGAAAGCCUGGCAAAGUGCCCCCUCCUGUCGCCAAGAAGCCUUCGCUCGGCCUCGGGCCAUCUCCAUCACCCCUGAGCCCAAAGGCACCGGAGGUGCUGGGCUCCCCUGCACCAGAUGAGAAAGUCAAGGCAGUGGCAGUGGAGGAGGAGAGCAGAACCGGCAGUGAGCCGGUGGAAAUGGCUGAGGGCAGAAGCGCCGCGGUUGCAGAGCCGCCAGCACAAGACGGACAGGGAGAGACGGCCUGAAGGACGGAGCUGCAGGACUGGUGCCCCCGCGGACAGGGAUCCAAAUCUCUCAGGGACCUGGGCAGGUCAACGGAUGAGUGUGGAACUGGC